AAUUUUCAAAAAAUCGAUUUUUUUUUUUUUGCAUUUUCUUAAAGUAUAAUAUUUUAAAAAUAUUGUGUGAAAAUUUGAAGUGAAUCCGACAAAUUCUUUUCGAGUUAUUUAACAAUGACCAAAGGACGCUCGGGUGCUACGUGGCAUUCGAGAGCAGGUAGCUAGAAACAGCUGCAAGCAACCGACUUUUCGGGUUUCAUUGUCAUGAAUAUCUCCCCAUUUUAAUGUAUUUAUAAUUAUAUAUAUAUAUAUAUAUAUAUAUAUAUAUAUAUAUAUAUAUCCUUCUACAUAUAUUCACAAUUUGUAGGUAGUACAAGAACUGAAAAAUAAUUUUUGGUUGCCAGUAUACCUGUAGUCGUUGCACUGAUCAGUCGAUAGUUUUGUGAUAAAUUAUUUCUCAAGUGAAUUAAAUUAUUAACCAUGGGACGUGAUUCUAGAAAGGUUUCAAGAGAACUUCGGAGUUCUGAAAAAAUUAAUAAGUCGCGUUCAGUCAAAAGAAAGAAUGUUUUUAAUCCGAAAACAGCCGAACGUGAUGAAAGUAUUCAGAGUACAUCUUCUAAAAAAUUAAAACAAAACACUGAAGAUGAUGUACCUGAAGACAGCAGUACUGAAUUUCGAAUAAUAAAUUUUAUUCAGGUAUUCACUGCAAUUUCUGCUCUUAUAAAAUGUAAAAAAUGUGAUGGAAAUGUAGUGUUUCAAACAGCAAGUACACGUGGGCUGGGAUUCAAAAUUGUAGUUGCAUGUAAUAACUGUGGAAAUGAAUAUAUUCCUUCCUGUUCUUUCGUUGGGCAUUCUUAUGAAAUAAACAGACGUUUCAUUUUUGUAAUGAGAAUACUAGGAAUAGGAUACGAAGGAUUGUGCAAGUUUUGCGGCCUGAUGGACAUGCCGUCUUUUUUAGAUAAAUCUACGCAUACAAUUUUACUGAAACAGAUUUUGAAUUGUAGUAAAGCCGUCGCAGAAACCUUCAUGACGAAAGCUGUGAAUGAAGAAAAGCAAGCAAUGCCAACAACUGAAAAUGAAGAUAUAAAUCAUCUAACUGUAUCGGGAGAUGGAACCUGGCAAAAACGGGGAUAUACAUCGUCAUUUGGAGUUUCUUCUAUAAUUGGCUAUUUUACUGGAAAGAUUCUUGACAUAAACAUUAAAAGUGCAUAUUGUAAGCUAUGUGAGUAUUGGAAAAAAAAAACAAAUACUGUUGAGUUCGAGGAAUGGUAUCAAUCGCAUGAAGAUGUGUGUUCUGCUAAUCAUCAAGGGUCUUCUGGGAAAAUGGAGGUGGAUGCGAUGGUCGAAAUGUUUUCGUAUUCUGAAACUAAAUAUGGAGUUAAGUAUGCCAACUAUAUUGGUGAUGGUGACUCCAAGACCUAUUCAGGAAUUAUAAAAUCAGAUCCUUACGAAAAUACAACUGUAAAUAAAAAGGAAUGUAUAGGGCAUGUCCAAAAGCGGAUGGGGAGUCGAUUACGUACGCUGAAGAGUAAACAAAAAGGUCUUGGUGGUCGAGGUAAGCUCACAGGAAAAUUAAUAGACAAACUAACUGUGUACUAUGGUUUAGCAAUACGCCGGCAUUGUGAUUCUAUUGAAAAUAUGAAAUCUGCUAUAAUGGCAACCUUUUAUCACUACGGCUCGAGUGAUGAAAAACCGAAUCAUGAUAUGUGUCCAAAAGGCGAAGAAUCUUGGUGCUCUUACCAGCGCGCUGAAGCAAGAGGAGAGCUUGAUACCUUUUCUCACGAUUAUUCUCCUUUACCUUCUGAUGUUUUAAAAGCUAUCAAGCCUAUAUACGAAGAUCUUAGUAAUGAAAAUUUACUUUCAAGAUGUGUAGGUGGAUUCAAUCAGAAUAAUAAUGAAAGCUUUAACCAACUAGUAUGGAAAAUAUGCCCAAAAACGGUAAAUACUAGUUUUACUAUCGUACAAAUAGCUGCAUACGUUGCUAUGUGUAUAUUUAAUGAGGGUAUAAAUUCAUUAUUAGUCUUGAUGAAUACACUAGGACUUAAUUGUGGGCCUAAUUCUCAUCGGUAUGCAGAAAGAAUGGAUGCUGCACGUAUCAAAGUAGCAGAUAAGCGCGCUAAUGAUAACACCCGAGAAGGUCGAUUGCAACGUAGGCACCAGCAAAUCGAUAUUUUGGAAGCUGCUAUGUCGGCUGAAGAGCUAUUAUAUGGUCCAGGAAUAGAUGACUCAGUAUGAAUCUCCAAGGACUUAUGAUGAUCACCGCAAAGGACUUCGGGAGGAACGGGCUCUACAAAAACAGCGAUAACUUUUUGAAUUAUUAAUUUUUUUUUUUGAAAUUUUCGUGAAGUCAAAUCGAAACGUGUUCUAAUAAAGCUAUGUUUUUAUUUUUGUCAAAUAAAGUAAUUAACUACAAAAAAAAAAUUAUUGAAAAUCAUCAUUUUUUCAUACCCCUGAGU